CAACUAGAAACUUUAUCCUUUAGCUCAAAUUAACCUUCUCAUUUAUUUUAGGCAAAAAUAUUUAUGGGUAUUACCACAUAUACACAAGAUAUUGCAACUCUAGUUGCUCCUGAUAGGGUUUUCAAGGCUUUGGUUCUUGAUGCAGAAAACGUUGUACCAAAGUUAAUGCCAAAAGCUGUGAAAAACAUUGAGAUUGUUGAAGGUGAUGGUGGUGCUCAAAGCAUCAAGAAGAUGAACUUUGUUGAAGGAUAUCCGAUAAAGUACUUGAAACACAAGAUCCAUAUCGUCGACGGCAAGAACAUGGUAAUCAAGUAUUCAUUGAUCGAAGGAGAAGUUCUAGGAGAAAAUCUUGAAUACAUUUCGUACGUUGUUAGUUUUGAGGGAUCUGAAAAUGGAGGCUGUAUUUGCAAGACAAUAAGCAACUACCAUACCAAAGAUGAUUUUGUGGUAAAGGAAGAGGAGAUUAAAGAAGGUGAAGAGAAAGCUGUGGAACUUUUCAAGGCUGUUGAAGCUUAUCUCCUUGCUAAUCCUUCUUCCUAUGCUUAAUAUAUACUUUUAUCAACUCUUCAAAAGUUCCAAGAUUAAUUAAUUUUUGGCAUUUUGGCUUGAAGUUGUCUACUUUAUGUUGUGUUUUCUUGAGGUAUUAUUAUGAGAUCUUUACAUAAAUAGUCGGACGGAUGAUUACUUUU